GAUCUUGAAUGUCUGAAUUCUUUUGUUUCUAGCUGAAGAACUGUAUAUACAUAGGUAGUUAUUUGCACAUCCUUCAUAAUCCAUUUAUCAGACAAGGGGCAUCAUUCAUAAUACAGCCGGUUGUAGGAGAUAAUUGGGACAUUGGAUAGUUUCAUAGAGGUAUAAACAGGUGCCUGGCCCAGGAGAAUAAGGGCUUAGAUGUUGAAACUGGGCUUAGUUUGUAAUGCUUUUUUCUUAGGGUUCAAUUGUUGUAAUUCUUUGACAAGCUUAAAAUAUAAUAAUUUGUACGUGUUUACUCUGUAGAAAUUCUUGAGCAUUUUUUUUGGAGAGUAAAAAACUUUGAUUGCUGACAAUUAUACAAUUAUAUGGAGUUUCUUCAAUUCGAUAUUUAAAUUAUGUUUUGAAAAAGUGAGAAAGAAUUUGUAAAAAUGGAUUUAGACAAAUCAGACAUUAAAAUGCAUCGAUUUGAACAAUCGGACGUUAUAGGUGAAAACUCCAGAUCUAAGGGAAUGAAUAGAGAACGAUGCUUCUGGGUAAUCCUGGCAAUAUUGCUCAUAGCAGCUGUGAUUGGUGUGUCGGUGUAUUUUACUAAGAAUUACGUGAAGAAAAGUGAUGAUCCCGCGGCAGGAAGUGUUACAGACUCCCAGGUUGGCAAGAAAACCACGACUGCCCAGCCCCCCACUGGUUCAAAUACACAAACGUCAACACAAGCAACUGCUACAACAACAAGUGUGAUGAAACCCAAGCCAAGUUUGGAAGAACUUCAACGUAGAGUCGACUGCAUUCCCGAAUAUCAGGGGAGACAAGUUAAGCCCACUGAGGAAUUAUGCAACAAUCGAGGCUGUAUUUACGACGAGACAGAUGAACUAGGAAUUCCAGUCUGCUAUUUCUCACAGAAAAAAGGGUAUAAAGUGACAGGGGUGACGGAGACUCCACUUGGGUACCGUGUCAAUCUGGAGAAUAGGGGAGAGGGACCAUUCGGAGAUGACUGGGUGGAGGCUGUAUUCAUGGUCGAGAUGCUUGGGAAUGACAUUAUCAGAUUCAUGUUUGAUGACCCUGUCUUCAAGCGCUACAAAGUACCCCUUGACCUUGACCUGCCAAAGGAGAAGGGAGAUAAUCCAAAAUAUGAGUUCUCUAUCACUAACAAUGACACCUUCGCAUUCCAAAUUAAACGCCAAUCAACAGGCAAAGUAUUAUGGGACACGGGUGUGGGCGGCCUGGUGUUGUCAGACCAGUUCCUCCAGGUGAGCACGAGCCUCCCGAGCGUGCACGUGUAUGGUUUCGGGGAGAACCUGCACCGCACAUUCCAACACGACCUCAACCACACUACCUGGCCAAUGUUUUCCCGCGAUCAGGCUCCAAGCCACCAGGCGUAUUCCAACUUAUAUGGCGUCCACCCAUUCUACACCUGUAUGGAGGGAGGUGGCCAUUCACACGGAGUAUUUCUGCUCAACAGUAAUGCCAUGGACUACUCAUUCACGCCACUACCCAUGUUGACAUACCGAACCAUCGGUGGAGUUCUGGACUUCUACAUGUUUCUGGGACCUGAGCCGGAGAAUGUGGUCCAACAAUACACUGGGGUGGUUGGUCGUCCAUUCAUGCCCCCAUACUUCUCCCUGGGGUUCCAGCUGUGUCGCUAUGGUUACAAGGAUGUUAAUGACAUGGAGGUAGCACUCAACAGAACCCUCCAGUAUAACAUCCCUGUGGACAUUCAGUAUGCCGACAUAGACCACUUUGACGCCAACAAGGAUUUCACCAUUGACCAAGACAAGUUUGGCACCCUGCCACAAUACUUCCAAAAACUGCAGGCUCAAGGGAUGAGAACUGUCAUUAUACUGGACCCGGCUAUCAUCAGCAACAUGACCAUGGGAACCUACGAACCUUAUGACAACCUAACGGCACUGCGAGGGUCAGUCAUGUGGCCAGACGACCUCAAAGUGGCUGAUGCCGACACAGAUAGUACAGGGGCCCUCCUAGGUUAUGUAUGGCCGACCGGGAAGUCUGUUUUCCCCGACUUCUUCAAGAAGUCCACCCAGGAUCUGUGGUCUAGACUCAUUGUCAAACAUCACGACACGCUCCCCUUCGAUGCUCUCUGGAUUGACAUGAAUGAGCCGGCCAACUUUGGUACAAAUGAGGAGCGUCCCUGGAACUGGCCGGAAGAGGCUAAGCCGUAUUGGAGUUUACACUGCCCUACCAACAACAAGCUUGAGGACCCGCCCUACAGAACAAAGGCAGCCUUCUUGUUUGACAGUGAAGAAGGGAGGGAUGGAAGACUGAGCGACAAGACGAUCUGUAUGGUUAGCAGACAGGGCGAGAACGGGGAGUACUUUCACUACGAUGUGCACAGUCUGUAUGGCUGGAGCGAAACUCCUCCCACUUUCAGAGGUGUUAGAGAGGCCACGGGUGAGCGAAGUUUUGUGUUGUCCCGAUCAACGUACCCGGGUAGUGGAAAGUAUGCUGGCCACUGGACAGGGGAUAACGAUGCCGCCUGGAGUGACCUUAGUGCCUCUAUCAUAGGAAUGCUGGAAUUCAAUCUAUUUGGAAUACCUUAUAUUGGUGCAGACAUUUGUGGAUACUGGAACGAUGUAACCCCAGAGUUGUGUAAACGCUGGAUGCAGCUUGGAGCCUUCUACCCUUUUAGCCGCAACCAUAACCAGCAUGAUGCCAAGGACCAGGACCCUGGUGUGUUUGGGCCAGAGGUCGGGGAGGCUUCCCGCGUUGCCAUGGAGACACGUUACUGGCUGCUGCCCUACCUGUAUACACUCUUCCACAACGCUCACACUGAAGGGAAAACUGUUGUCAGGCCACUCUUCCAUGAAUUCCCAAACAAUGAGGCCCUGUACGGGGUGGACAAACAGUUCCUGUGGGGACCAUCCCUUCUAAUAACUCCCAUUCUUGAAGAGGGUGCCACAGAGGUGACAUACACCAUACCAGACGGGAAGUGGUAUGAUUUCUACACGGGGGAGAGUGUGACAGGUUACAAGGGUGACAUGAAGAGGGUGGUGGAUCACAGCUCAAACAUUGGGCUCCAUGUUAGGGCAGGUUCCAUCAUUCCCAUGCAGUACCCAGCAACCAACACCUUCUACAGCCGGAAGAACGGGUUUGUCCUGCUGGUUGCCCUAAACGACGAGCACAUAGCUGCAGGAGAGCUGUUCUGGGAUGACGGCAACUCUGUGGAUACGUACGAGACAGGGAACUACUUCCUGUCUUACUUCAUGGCUAAACAGAACUCGGUUGCCAUGUCUAUCGCCCAUGAGAACACAGCUGGCCUUCCCUCCAUGGUUGUGGAUGAGGUCAGGGUCAUGGGAGCACCUGUAGGGGUCACCAGGGUUUACUGUGAUGGAAGGGAUGUUAGCUUUGCAUACAACAACUCUGUUCUAGUGCUUAGUGAUCUUGGUUUGCCUAUGUCCAGAGAGUUCAAAAUAUAUUGGUCUCUAGAAAGUGAAGAUGAACGACAGCGCCAUGACUGUAUACCUGAAGCCCAGGGUCGUGGGGUCGAGGUCACACAAACACUGUGUGAAGCGCGAGGAUGUAAAUACAAAAUUGGGGCCAGUCAGGGGCCCACAUGCUACAUGGACCUCAACAAUUAUGGUUACAAGGUUAUGGGGGACAGGAUAGACACACAGUUUGGCUUUACUUAUCAGCUUGAACGGAAAUCUAAGCAUGGGCUCUUCAACAGUGCUCUAAAUCCUGAUAUACAGAAGCUCAACUUUACGGUGGAAAUGAGAAGCAGGGAUGUUCUCAGGUUUAAGUUUGAUGACGCCCGUGGUGGAAGGUAUGAGGUUCCUGCCACGCUCAACCUUGGCUCCAACAAGGUCACGGACACCAGAUAUGAGGUCAAGGUCACCAGCAAUGACCCCUUCGCCUUCCAGGUGAUCAGAAAGGCAACCAAGGAAGUACUCUGGGACACAGGUGUUGGUGGACUAACAUUUUCGAACCACUUUCUGCACAUCGCGACACGCCUGCCCACCCGUAAUGUGUAUGGGUUUGGGGAAAACAUCCACCACACACUCCGACAUGACCUCAACUACAAAGGAUGGCCACUGUUCUCACGUGACCAGCCUACCAGCUGGGGGGAUUACCUGAACCACUAUGGUGUCCACCCUUUCUACAUGUGUACAGAGAGCCAGGACAAGGGACAUUACUCUCACGGUGUACUUCUUCUCAACAGCAAUGCUCAAGACUACUCAUUCACGCCACUGCCCAUGCUGACAUACCGAACCAUCGGUGGUGUGCUGGACUUUUACAUGUUCCUCGGACCUGAGCCGGAGAAUGUGGUCCAACAAUACACUGGGAUGAUUGGUCGCCCCUACAUGCCGCCAUAUUGGUCGCUGGGAUUCCAGCUGUGUCGCUAUGGUUACAACAGCAUUGAGAACCUUAAAGAUGCCGUGGAGAAAACAAAAGCAGCGAGAAUUCCACAUGAUGUCCAAUAUGCAGACAUUGAUCACAUGGCCAGCCAGAUGGACUUCACCAUAGAUGACUCAAAGUUCCCAGGGCUGGACACCUACUUUAAGGAGCUCCAGGCUGGUGGAAUGCACAUUAUCAUUAUACUGGACCCGACCCUGAUCUCCAAUAUGACCAACUAUGAACCAUAUGAUAGGAUGACAUCCACAAACAGCAAUAUUCGCUGGGAUACGAAUGAGUACGUUCCUCUGGACAGUAAAAACAACAAAAGUGAUUUGCUCGGAUAUGUUUGGCCUAAUGGGAAGGUGGUAUUCCCCGAUUUCUUCAAGAACAGCACCCAUCAGAUGUGGGAAGAGCUGAUUGUGAAACACCACAACACCAAACUCACCUUUGAUGGACUCUGGAUUGACAUGAAUGAGCCAGCAAAUUUCGGAACAAAUGAGGAACGUCCUUGGAAUUGGCCUCCGGAGGCUAAGCCAUACUGGAGCCUCAACUGUACGCUGGCCGGAAACCUGUAUGAACACCCACCCUAUAGGACAAUGGCAGCGUUUGCCCAUGACAACCCUAAUGACCUGAAGAUGAUUUCCGAAAAGACAAUUUGUAUGCGAGCCCUGCAGGGGGAAAAUGGGGAAUAUAAACACUACGAUGUUCACUCCCUGUAUGGCUGGAGCCAGUCACCACCCACACUCAACGCUGUACGUGCAGCUACAGGGGAGAGAAGCAUUGUUAUAUCUCGGUCCACCUUCCCGGGUACAGGGAAAUAUGCAGGGCACUGGCUCGGGGAUAACAAUAGUGCAUGGAAGGACCUUCGUAGAUCAAUUAUUGGCUCACUGGAGUUUAACUUCUUUGGAAUACCUUAUAUUGGUGCUGACAUCUGUGGGUUUAUGGAGAACACGACGUCGGAGCUGUGUAAACGCUGGAUGCAGCUGGGAGCCUUCUACACAUUCAGCAGGAACCAUAACGGCAUCAAUUACAUGCGUCAAGACCCAGGCAGUUUUGAGGGUACAGACGUAGGCGAGGCAUCUCGUCUGGCCAUGGAGACACGUUACUGGCUCCUGCCCUAUCUGUAUACCCUCUUCCAUCAUGCUCACGUGCGCGGGAACACUGUCAUCAGACCACUACACCAUGAGUUUUCAGAUGAGGCUGCCACCCAUGACAUUGACAAGCAGUUCCUGUGGGGACCAGCGCUCAUGAUCUCACCCAUCCUAUAUGAGGGCCAAACAGCGCUCAAUAUGUAUGUACCAAGAGGACCCUGGUAUGAUUUCUACUCUGGUGUUGAGGUGAGCAGCCAGGGGUAUGUGACAGUGCCUGUGGGCCCAGAGACCCAGAUCCCUGUACAUGUGCGGGCAGGACACAUCCUACCUCUCCAGGAGCAUGCCAACAAUACCCACUUCAGUCGACAGAAGCCGUUUACAUUGCUGGUUGCCUUGAAGGACACAGAAAACGCAGGGCGAGGUUAUGAGGCUAAUGGUGACCUCUUCUGGGAUGAUGGCGACUCCAUAGAUACAUAUGAGAAAGAUAUGUAUUACUAUGCAAGAUUCUGGACAGGAAGUAACAAAUUACAUAUGACAGUAGAGCACAACACGGGUGGCAGUAUGACCGGCAAGGUCACAGACACGGUCAAGGUAUUGGGGGUCAGGACCAAGGUCACGGCUGUGUAUGUCAAUGGUGUCGCCCAUUCAAGCAUCUCAUAUGACCCAGAUACCAUGGUGCUGGAGAUUAAUAGUUUGAAUCUGCCCAUGACCUCAGACUUCAUCAUCGAAUGGAGAGAGCACAGGAAACCAACUGCAGGAGAGAUGGCUCGCCUGGACUGUUACCCUGAACUGAUCAAUGAGAAUGUUACACGUGCCCAGUGUGAGGCUAGGGGCUGUAUAUACAACACAACCAGUAACCUCCCGUUUAUACCAAACUGCUAUUUUAACAGGACACAGGAAUAUGAAAAUCUUCAUAGUUACUCCAGGGUGUUCCAAGGAGACGGCCUACGGAUAAACAUCAACAACCAAGAAGACAACACAAUGUUUGGAAAAAACAGCAAAAAUUUGAAGGUCAUCAUCGAAAAGAACACAGACAACAUUUUACACAUAAAGAUAGUGGAUGAAGACAACCUGGAUCGCUACGAGGUUCCAGUCCCGCUUCAAAACAUCCCAACCAAUGGUUUCACUGACGCCACGGGGCUGUAUGAUGUCAGAUACACGGAAGACAAGCAGCACCCAUUCUCCAUACAGGUGAUCAGGAAAAGUACAAACACCACAAUCUGGGACACCUCAGCAGGCCCUCUAAUAUUCUCGGACCAGUACCUCCAGUUAAGCACAUACCUGGCCUCAGACAACUUCUACGGGCUCGGGGAACACCGCCACAUGAGGCUGAAACACGACAUAGACUACAAGACUUGGCCAAUCUUCACCAGGGAUGCAGCUGUCAACUCACCGGACCAUACUAACCUAUAUGGGGCCCAUCCAUUCUACAUGAACCUGGAGGAUGAGAAGGGAAAUGCCCACGCUGUAUUCUUCCUUAAUAGUAACGCAAUGGAGGUAUUGCUGGACCCGAACCCUCGACUGACGUACCGGACAAUCGGUGGUGUGCUUGACUUCUAUUUCUUCCUUGGACCUGACCCGGAAUCCGUUAUACAGCAGUAUCAUCAGUUGAUUGGUGCCCCAGUGAUGGUUCCCUACUGGUCACUAGGAUUCCAGCUGUGUCGCUGGGGUUACAACUCCCUGGACAACCUCAAGGCUGCUGUUGAGAGAACACGAAUUGCAGAAAUCCCUCAUGAUGUCCAGUAUGCAGAUAUAGACCAUAUGGAUGAAAGGAAGGAUUUCACAUAUGACACUGUCUUGUGGGCAGGGCUGCCAGACUACAUACAGGAGCUGCAUGAUGGGGGCAUGCACUUUGUCAUCAUUGUGGACCCCGGUAUAGUGUCCAACUACAGUGACUACUGGCCCUACACCACUGGGGUGGAGAAAGAUGUAUACAUCUUGUGGCCAAAUAACCAAACCGGGCCCGCUGAUGCCAGGCCAGAAAACUCCAACAUCAUGCUGGGAUAUGUGUGGCCAAAGGGGAAAACGGCAUUCCCAGAUUUCUUGAAGAAUGAGACGAAAGACUGGUGGGUGGAAGUCAUUUCAAAAUGGCAUGACACACUCAAGUUUGACGGUCUAUGGAUUGAUAUGAAUGAGCCAGCCAACUUUGACACAAAUGGAGAGCGUCCGUGGAACUGGCCAGAGAAGGACACACCGUACUGGACCCUCAAGUGUCAGCUGGAUAAUAACACAUGGGACAACCCUCCAUACAAACCAUACUCUGUCCUGGGUUCGGUUCUCUCGGAGAAGACAUUGUGCAUGCAGGGUGUACAGACGGACGGUGUGCGCACCUACCAGCACUACGAUGUCCACAGUCUGUAUGGAUGGAGUCAGGCACCUCCAACUCAACUAGCUGUCCGCAAUGCUACAGGAAAGCGAGGGUUUGUCAUGUCACGUUCCACCUACCCAUCGGCGGGCCGUUACACAACACACUGGCUCGGGGAUAACGACAGCUUCUGGAGAAACCUACACGACUCCAUCAUCGGAAUCAUCGAGUUCAACUGGUUUGGCAUGCCUUUUGUUGGUGCUGAUAUGUGUGGUUUCUUUGCGGAGGCCACAGAGGAGCUGUGUCAACGCUGGAUGCAACUCGGAUCUUUCUACACUCUUAGUAGGAACCAUAAUGGUCUUAACAUGAAGGACCAGGAUCCAGGCAUUUUUGGCCCUCACGUGUCACAUGUGUCUAAAAGUGCCCUUGAGAUCAAGUACAGCCUUCUGCCUUUCCUCUACACUCAGUUCUACCGGGUGAACACACAGGGAGGUACCAUCAUACGAGCCAUGUGGCAUGUGUUCCCUAAGGACAAAAGAACAUGGUCAUUGGAUACACAGUUUAUGUGGGCAAACGCUCUGCUGGUCGCACCAGUUCUAGAGCAGGGCCAUAUGCAUAAGGAUGCUUACCUUCCAAAGUCCAGAUGGUUUGACUACUAUACUGGAAUGGAGAUGGAGAAGACAGCUACUACAGUUACAGUGGAUGCCCCUAGAGAUGUGAUCCCAUUGUUCUGGCAGGGCGGUUACAUUAUACCAACACAGGAACCUGCAAACAAUACUGUAUACAGCCGGAAAAACAAGCUAGGGCUGACAGUGAUACCAGAUGAGAUGGACAAGGCUGAGGGCAACCUCUUCUGGGAUGAUGGGGAGAGUCAAGAUACAAUAGAAAAUGGGGAAUACUACUUGGCCAACUUUAGUUAUUCAAAUAAUCAAGUGCAGAUGUCUGUAUCCCGGAACCAUACAUCGGCCAACAACCUCAUGUUUGGUGACUGUCAGGUGUAUGGUGUGUCUAGUCCACCCUCUACUGUUACCACGCCAACUGGACAACACCUCGAAUUCAUCUAUUAUACGGAUACCAAGGUUCUGCAUAUCUCCAAUAUAAACUUACCUCUUCAUGCUGACUUCACCAUAUCUUGGAUGUGAUCAAAAUUAAUUCCAUUUCAUAUUGUGUCGUACUUCAUAGUUUUGUUCCAACAUUUGCUGUCUCUGAUGUUCCGAGUUUUAUGUAACAAUUUAACAUUUUAUACCAUUUCUAGAAGGAGACCAAAAUUCAUUGCAUUUAAUACAGUAUCAUCUUCCAAUUUUAAUUAUUUUGGUAGUGUAAUAUUAUGAAGUCAUAAUUUUGUUAGGAUUUUUGCCAAUACAGAUUUUUACGAGUGUUGUUACAGAUAAAUUCUAUUCUUGUAAUCAGACAUACUUUCUUUAUGGAGAGUGGCUUAAAGAUAUUGUGAUAUCUAAGAUAUCUUUGAACGCGAUAAAGUCACUUCUGUAUAUGGUAUAACUAUGAUGUCAGCAUUACAAUUUUUAUCCAAUUACCGGUAAUGAAAGAUUUUUAUUUGGCUUCAUAUUCUAAGGCACAAUAUCAUCCAACCAAUUAUUGUGUCCACAUAAACAUUCGGAUAUUUAACAUAAUAAUAUUAUUUGUUCAUCAAUAUAAACAUUCUACAUGAUAUCUUCAUAACGUGCCUGUCAUCAACAUUGAUAUAUAUAUUGGUCAGCUGUAAAUAUUCUUUUUAAAGCUUUAAUAGAUUUUAUUGAAUGUUUUUACAGAUUUUAUAGAAAUAAAUACAUGAAAGUAA